UUUUGCCUUUCCCUCCGACGAAGAGAGCACCCUUGGCGCUUGACUGAGCCGCCAAUUAUAAAUAUUGGUGAAGAGCAUAACGUGUGCGUUCCUACUGAAUCGUUCCUUCGGCUGGAGCAGAAGAGUGGCGUCGUGUCGACCCACAGGGCCUUGCUCCAGGUGCAGCAUCCACGAGGUCUUGGAGAAGACCAAAAGACUGUGUUUGUAGAGAAAAUACUUCCUUCUUCACUAUGGUAGGUGAAGGGAGCGGUGUCCAAACCGGACAAGAGCAUACAACGGCACCGCCAGAGGCAGAGGCAGAGGCAGAACCAGAAACAGAAACAGCAGCGCCCCGGUCUGGGAAGCGAAAAUGCAAAGGCAAAGGCGGACCAGAUAACAACAAGUAUCGAUUCCGAGGAGUCCGUCAGCGCAGUUGGGGGAAAUGGGUAGCCGAGAUCAGAGAGCCCCGGAAAAGGACUCGAAAAUGGCUCGGCACUUUCUCUUCGGCUGAGGAUGCAGCCCGGGCAUAUGACAGAGCGGCCGCUUUGAUGUAUGGAUCGCGUGCGCAGUUCAAUUUGCAGCCGCCGAUUCACCCGCCUGCAUCCUCCCGGAGUUCUUCAACUCUCAGGCCUCUUCUUCCGCGGCCCCCUAACAUGGCCCCUCGCGGCGGGCCCUCGCGGUUUCUUUAUGCCGGUUUCAAUUCGUCCAUUAUCAUGCCGGAAGUUUCUGUUGCGUUUCCAGUUGCAGUUGCACCUCCGUAUGUUGUUUAUCCGCUUCUAACGGAACAGAAUCCGCAGGGCCCUCCACCCACAUGGCCCCGAUCCGGAGUCGGUGCUGGGCAGAUUAAUCAGAGCACAAAAGACAUUAGUUUGGGUGAGGAAAUACCGGUUGCGAAGCGUAGUAAAGACGAUCAGGUGGUUUCUCAGCAGCCUGGGCUUGAUCUCUGUAUAAGCCAAAAUGGGUUGCUUCAACAAAAUGGUCAUGUUUGUGGCAGUGGAGAUUAUGAUGGGUGUGAGGUUUAUAGUAAUGGGACUGUAAGGUCUACAGGUGAUCAGAGCCUUUCUGAAAGUUUUAUCCCCAUAAUGCAUUGUCCUAAUCCUGGUGCAACGAAGGAUGUGUUAGAGCAGGUGUCAGUUUCCAUUGCUGCGGCCGGUCCUCCGGAUUACUGUGAUUUCAAGCAUAGCGUUCCUGCUUCGCCAGCAUUGAUGUGGGUGAACGCUCCGGACUAUUACUAUGACAACGUCAUGGUGAGUAGCUCCCAUUCAAUGGAGAAUAUGGAGUCUGAUACUGGGCCUCUCUGGAUAAAUGAUGAUUAUAUUUUCGGUUCUUCUUAAUUCAUGUUCUCUUUUUUUUGAUGUUUUCUCGGUUUACAACAGCUGUCUCAUUCUAUGUUACAGUUGAUCUCUGUUGCCAAAUCAAGCUUCUUUGUUUUGAAUAUUGCUCUUUAUUUUCUCCUUCGCUGUAACAAAAAAGAUUGUUGCAGUUGAUUACAACUUCAAGCCGUAUUUUGUUUGGCAUUGAAAGAUUACAGCAAAAUGGUGAUACGGCUCCAUAUUUUGUACUGGGCUCAGUUCCAUUUGCUUUCUUAUUUGUGAACCCCCCUUCUUUUCUUAUGGUCAAAAUUAUAAUCAGGUUUUUUGAUACUGUGAUAUGUAGCAUAAGAUUGUGGAAUUCAAAUGGAAUGAAAUGACUACACCAUAGAAUUAUUCAA